CAUUGCUUGAGACGUCGAGCCUGUCGUCAUCGGAUCUUCCCCAAUCAACCCUCCCCGCUGACCAUUGACGCGCGAACGAGGCUCACUAUGGCUGCUUCACUCUCACCUUACGUGAAGCCCGAUUGGAAUACUGGCUGAAGUUACCAAUAAUGGCAGACGGCACCAUACAAUCCCAGGGCUUUCCUCACGCCGCCAGUGAGAGGCUCAACAUCAUCAUCGCAGGCGCAUCCUUAGGUGGCCUCGCGACAGCUCUUGCUCUAAAACGUCUUCCAGCACCACAUGCACACCCCGUCACGCUUCUCGAACGGAAUCCGACCGCCCUCCUCCACAAUCAAGGCGCUGGCAUCGUCGCUGGUGGUGAUACCCUGGCAUUCUUCAAGCGCUACGACAAAUGCAAGCGCGACUUGGCUGUUACCUCGACUCGAAGGCAAUACCUGAGCAAGGAUGGUGAGGUCAUACACAAGGAAGACAUGCAGCAGAACAUGACCAGCUGGGACCUUGCAUACUAUAUGCUCAGGGCUAACGUUGAUGGGAUCGAGAGCAAGUAUUGCGACGCGCCGCGCGACCAAGACAGUGGUAGCAAGGUUGCACAUCUCCAUGGACACAAGGUGGUUGAACUGCAAGACAAGGGAAACAAAGUGGUUGUAAAAUACGAGACAAGCGAAGGAAGUACGGGCGAGAUGGAAGCUGACCUGGUCAUUGGCGCCGAUGGACCGAGUUCUACCAUCCGCUCCCUCCUCACUACCGGCGUCGAGCGCACGUACGCGGGCUAUGUCGCUCUUCGCGGGACCGUCCCUGAAAACUCAGUCAGUCCAAAAACACUGGAAGCUUUUAAAGAACGCUUUACCUUCUUCCAUACGAAAGGGAUCCAGAUCCUAGCAUACUUGAUACCUGGCGAGAACGGUAUUCUCGAGCCGGGCAAGCGCCUCAUCAAUUUCGUCUACUACACUAAUUUUCCGUCACCUUCUUUAACUGAUCCUUCUCCCGACUUCCGUGAGUUGAUGACCGAUGUGGACGGCCAGUAUCAUCGCAUCACCAUGCCACCUGGCAAAAUGGAUCCGCAAGCAUGGGAGAAGCAACGUAAGAUUGCAAGUGAGCGCCUGCCUCCUCAGUUCGCUGAGAUCGUCAGAGCGACUGAGAAGCCAUUUGUACAAGCAGUUACCGACGUUGUUGCUCCAACGAAUGAGUUCAUGGAUGGUCGUGUCAUCCUUAUCGGCGAUGCUCUGGCUGGCUUCCGGCCUCACACUGUCGCAAGCACUAGCCAAGCGUGCUUCGAUGCCAUGAUCCUGGCAGACAUGAUCGAGGGCAAAGUGAGCCGGAGUGCGUGGAAGAAGGAGACACUGGGAUAUGCGAGAACACUGCAGAAGAGAGGUGUUGAUAUGGGAGAGCGCAGUCAGCAUCAAGACCUGCCGUUGGAGGAGCAUAUCCACGAUCGGAACUUGGCAAGCAAACCGAGAGGGGAAGAGGUAUGGCCAGAGUGGGCAGUUGAGGGUCUAUAAUAGCUACAAUUACAAUCUACGAGUCAAACAAGUCUGUCGCCAGAAUCUAAGACCAGUCGCCUUCAUCUCCAACCACUUCACCACGUUCUGAAGCUUCCAGAAGCUCGCGUACAGUCCACGGUUUGUACUUGUACCCCGGUGGUAGGUUCGUAUUCCCGAACUCGGUGCCCGUGAGUAAGUGCUCAGCACAUUCAUGAUACUUAUCAUAAGCGUACUGCUCAGGGUUAUGGUAGAUCAACCAAUUCCCAACC